UGAGGAUAGAGGAUAAAUUAUUUUUUUUUAAUGAUGGGGAGAACGGCGACGGUGGCGGUUUGCACUUUGAACCAGUGGGCCAUGGACUUUGAUGGUAAUUUGAGAAGGAUUCUUGAGAGCAUCAAGGAGGCUAAGGCACAGGGGGCUAGGUUUCGCAGUGGUCCUGAGCUUGAAAUUACGGGAUACAACUGCGAGGAUCAUUUCUACGAAAACGACACGAAUCUCCACAGCUGGGAGGUCCUGGCAGUCCUCUUGAAAUCAAACAUAUGUGAGGAUAUUUUGAUAGACGUUGGAAUGCCAGUUAUGCACAAGAAUGUAACGUACAACUGUAGAGUUGCCUUCUUGAACAGAAGGAUAUUGCUGAUACGUCCGAAGAUGCAAAUGUGUGAUAGCUCGAUUUACAGGGAGGGAAGGUGGUUCUCAGCUUGGAGAAAGAUAAGAACAGUGGAGGAUUACUUCCUGCCGAGACAUAUAUCCCAAAUAACUGGUCAGACAGUUGUUCCCAUUGGCGAUGCUGUAAUUGCAACCAGAGAUACGUGCAUUGGUUUUGAAAUAUGCGAGGAACUCUGGCAUCCCGAUAGUAAUCACAUACCAAUGUCUCUGGACGGUGUGGAGAUCAUAUCGAAUGCCAGUGGAUGCAUGUUUGAGAUAAGAAAAGCGUAUACUGUUGUUGACAGGGUGAAGACAGCAGCGGCCAAGGCUGGUGGAUGCUACAUGUACAGUGAUUUCUUUGGGUGCGAUGGUGGGAGGAUGUUUUUCAUGGGAUUCUCAUCGAUUACUGUUAAUGGGAAUAUGAUUGGGCGGGCUAAGCAGUUCUCGUUGAGGGAGGUCGAGGUUACCACUGCCACUUUUGAUUUGGACUCCAUCAGAGCAUACAGAAACUGUAUCCGCUCGAGAACUCACUCAUCCGCCUCAAGUCCUGCUUACCCCCGUGUGAAAAUCGACUUCGCCUUGACCUCAGAAACCGAAAUAUGUCAAUUAUCAAGUGCCCGAGUUGACGUAGACUACAUCGUCGACGAAUACUCUGAGACAACUUCCCCGGAAAUUCUCUACUUCCGCCCGGAGGAGGAGAUCUGCAUGGCGCCAGCCUGUUGGCUCUGGGACUACCUGCGGCGCUCCUGCCAGGGUGGCUUCUUCCUCCCCCUGAGCGGUGGCGUCGACUCCUCCUCCGUCGCCUGCAUAGUUUACAACAUGUGCAGAAUGAUCGUUGAAGAAGUGAAGACUGGGGACACCCAGGUGUUGGCGGACGUUCGAAAAAUUGUGGGGGAUUGCGAUUACGUUCCAACGGAUCCUAAACAACUCUGCAAUACCCUUUUGGUGACUUGCUACAUGGCAACUGAGAACUCAUCAGCCCAGACGAAAGCUAGAGCUUCCUUGCUGGCGAAUCAGAUUGGCUCGUACCAUCUGAGCGUUGUGAUUGAUACUGCGAUCUCUGCUGUGUUGGGGAUCUUCCAACAAGUCGCCAAACACACCCCCAAGUUCAGGGUUCAUGGGGGUUCGCCUAGGGAGAACUUGGCCCUGCAGAAUGUCCAGGCGAGGAUGAGAAUGGUGGUAGCUUAUCUGUUUGCUCAGCUGAUGCUGUGGGUCCGGGGGAGACCUGGGGGACUUCUUGUCCUGGGGUCCAGCAAUGUCGAUGAGGCCUUGAGGGGGUACUUCACAAAGUACGAUUGCAGCAGUGCUGAUAUCAAUCCUAUUGGCGGGAUUUCUAAGGAGGAUUUGAAGAGGUUUUUGGUAUGGUUUGGAGAAAAAUACGGGAUAACUGCGAUAAAGCAGGUGCUUGAGGCAGUUCCAACAGCCGAGUUGGAGCCCUUGCAAGGAGGCCACCUGGUGCAGGCCGACGAAGUAGACAUGGGAAUGACUUACAAAGAGCUGUCAAUAUACGGCCGACUCAGGAAGGAUCAGUGUUGCGGGCCCUUCUCCAUGUUUUGCAAGCUGGUCCCCAUGUGGAACCACUGCACCCCUCAGGAGGUGGCUGACAAGGUCAAGCACUUCUGGAGGUGCUACGCCAUCAAUCGACACAAGAUGACGAUUCUCACCCCUUCUUGUCAUCUGGAGAGCUAUAGUCCGGAUGACAACAGGCAUGAUCACAGACAGUUUCUGUACAAUCACACCUGGAAGUGGCAGUUUGAUGCCAUUGAUGAACAGGUGAAGAGAGUUAGUGAGGAUGAUAAGGUGUCGAGGGGCAAGAGGGAAGCUCCGAAAGUACCUGCGAAGCCUCAGGUGUCUUAUGGCGGAGCUGGCAAUAGAACAUUCCCAGGAGUUGUAGUAUAACAAAUACUCUCAUGUCAAUCUCCUUUUUUGUUUCAAGCUCGUAGAGAACACGAUAAAGUGCCUCGUCUUGACGACUGAAAUCACCUAACGUGAAUAAAAAAAAAAUAUAACAAAUAUGCAAAAGACUAUU